UUAAUAUUAAAAAGAACUACAUACAUAUGUACAUAUUGUUUUUUUUUCUAUUAGAAUGUGAAUCAAAAAAUUAAUAUUUUGUAUUUAUUUUUCAACAUAGAAAAUAUAUUCGGGUACGGGUUAAAGAUAAUGAAAACAGAAAAUAUUUAUACUUCCGUUGCUUGCAAUCGAACACCUGCCUGUUUAGAUUGGGGAAACAAUGGUCUUGUUGUGUAUGGAGCAUGUUGCGGCAUUUGCUUGCUGAACGUAGAAUUUCAACAAUCAGCUAAGAUAGUAAGAACCUUCGUAAAGCACGAGAAACCCGUGAAUUGUGUGAAAUGGAUACGAAGAUUAAAUGGAGAAAAGGUAACAAACUUUGUAUCUGGCGGAAGUGACGGCCUAGCUAUUAUGUGGGAUAUUUCUGACGAAAUUACCUGCAACCCAAUAAUUUUAAAAGGUCAUUCAAACGCGGUUUAUUUAAUCGAUGGAAUAUAUAAGGAAAAAGAGAUUUUUAUAGCCACAGCUUCUUCUGAUUCAACAGUUCGAUUAUGGUCUAUAGUGAGUGAAAAUGCUGAUUGUUUUCAAAUAUUGAAUCUUGGAAAAGGAAUCUGCCUAGGAUUGGUUGUUUCUAUAUUGCCAAAAUAUAAUAAGGCAAUUCUUGCAAAAGCUAGUGAUGAUAAUAGCAUUUCAAUUUGGGUAGAAACUGACAUUCCAGAGAAAAGUAAUUUUCAAAAAUUACAUAACUUAAAAGGUCAUGAUGACUGGGUAAGAGGGUUGGAUUUUGUCAUCACAAAUGAAAACGAUUUAUUAUUAUGUAGUUCCUCUCAAGAUACAUUUAUUAGGUUAUGGAAAAUAUCACCUAGAACAGAUGAUGAAGAAUGUUCAAAUAAAAAAAAAGGAAAUAAUGAAAUCGAAAUUGAAGAAAAUUUGUUUUCAGUCUCGGAUAAUUCAUAUAAAAAUAUAACAGUUGCCAUAAGUGUCGAAUCGGUUUUGCAGGGACAUGAAGGUUGGGUUUAUGGUGUCCAGUGGUAUAAAAAUAGUGAAGGCAUUAUUAAACUUUUAUCAGCUUCGAUGGACAAAACUUUAAUAAUUUGGGAAUUUGAUGCAGAUAUAGGAGUUUGGACUGAAAGAUUCCGAUUAGGUGAAGUUGGUGGAAAUUCCUUAGGCUUUUUUGGAGGUAAAUUUUCUUCUGAUGGCAAAUCUAUAAUAGGUCACAGUUUUCAAGGAGGUUUGCAUAUAUGGAAGCAGUCUGAAAUAAAUGAAAGUGUCUGGGAACCAAGGAUAACGGUUUCGGGACAUUUCCAAGAAGUACGUGAUCUAUCUUGGGAGCCUGGAGGAGAGUUUUUUUUUUCGGUGUCUGCCGAUCAAACAACAAGAAUUCAUGCUCCAUUUAAAAGAACUGAUGGCGAAUGCAGUAGUACAUGGCAUGAAGUAGCACGACCCCAAAUUCAUGGAUAUGACAUGCAAACCAUUGCUACUAUCGGUAGAUACAAAUUUGCAAGCGGGGGAGAAGAAAAAAUUAUAAGAAUGUUUCAAGCAACAGUUGAUUUUAUUAAAAACUUCCGAUCUAUAUGUAAAAUUUCGACGGAUCAAGAAGGUGAUGAGAUACUUGAAAGUCUACCUAAAGGAGCGUCGGUUCCGUCCCUUGGGUUAUCUAACAAAGCAGUAUAUAUUGCAGAAGAAACGAGUGAAGAAAGGCCCUUGAAAGAUGAAUAUCCUGAAAACUAUUAUGCUUCAGUUUCUUUGAAAGCUCCUCCUCAAGAAGAAAUUCUAAUGCAAAAUACGCUCUGGCCCGAAAUUCAUAAACUCUAUGGUCAUGGUUUUGAAAUCUAUGCUUUGUCGUCCUCGAAAAAUUCCAAAUGGCUUGCCUCUUCAUGUAGAGCAACUUCUGCCGAGCAUGCACAUAUUUUACUUUGGGAUACGGAAUCUGGAAAACAUGUACAAAAAUUGAUGUCGCAUCAGUUAACUGUGACCCAAUUAUGUUUUUCACCAAAUAACGAGUAUCUUUUGUCAGUAUCUCGUGAUCGAAGUUGGACUUUAUUUCGAAAUUUUUCAAACAACGGUGAAACGAAUUUUAUGCUAGAGGCGAAAUCUGAAAAAUCUAAUGGGAUCCAUACUAGAAUUAUUUGGUCGUGUGAUUGGUCUCAUGAUUCAAAAUUGUUCGCUACAUCCUCCAGAGAUGGCAAAGUUGUUCUGUGGAUCAAAGGAGAAACGGAAAGUCAAAACAGUUUAAAAAAAUGGAAAGCGUUGGAAUGUCUCGAAAUUCCUGGACAAUCAAUUACUGCGGUAUGUUUUGCUCCACAUUAUUUCAAAGACAAUGAAAACGAAUAUCUAAUAGCUAUUGGAUUUGAAAGUGGAAAUAUAAGAAUUUACAAAUUUUUUGAUACUUUUGAACACAUACGCACAAUUCCAAAAGAAGAAGCACAUCACCUAACAGUGAAAAAAUUACAAUUUAGUCCAAAAUGUGGAAAAAUGCUAUUGGCUAGCUGUGGGGAAGAUAAUUUUGUUAGGAUUAUUGAACUUAAAUGUUGAUUUAUCAGUAAACUUUUUGUCAUUAAUAAAAUAUUUAUAGUGAAAGUACGGGAAUAAAUCAGUUAAAUAAUUCAAAAUUUUUGUAAAUACAUAUGUAUAUUGUUCUUGGUCUACCUUUUUGAUAAAAGUGCUGUUGUAGAUAUAGUAAAUAUAUAUAAAUUUCUUGCUAUUUGCUGUAUGUGCAAUAAACCUGAUUUAUAAUUAGUGAACAAUAAAUUUGGCGUCUCAAGAUUUAGCCUAUAUAACCGAUUUACUAAAAUAUUUUACUAAAUAUGUCUCAAAAUACUAUUAAUCUUGAAUCUAGACACAAAUAUAAAUUAUAGUUCUUAACAGUAAUGUAAAUUAAUAAAAAAUUAAAAUUAAAAACCAAAAUAAAUGCUAUUAAAGCAG